AUGGAACAUUUAAAGAACAUUUUCUCGUUUCGUUAUGUGUUUGAAACAUCUUUGGCGCUUCAUCUAAAUCUCCCUUCUUUUCUUCCCAACAGCUGGGCUGACUCACGUGAAGUGUGGGAGAACAUGUUGAGAAAGGAAAGGGACCUACCCCGAGACCCUUACAUGCUGGCCAACCACCCGGAGCUCGCGUCACGGAUGAGAUCCGUGCUACUCAACUGGCUGCUGGAGGUCUGCGACGCCUACCAGCUUCACAGGGAAACAUUCUGCCUGGCUGUUGACUUCACAGACCGCUACCUCAGUCUGACCCGGGGCGUCCGCAGAACCCAGCUGCAGCUCAUCGGCAUCUCGGCUCUCUUCUUGGCCGCUAAACAAGAGGAGAUCUACCCCCCUAAAGUCACUGAAUUUGCCUAUGUCACUGACACGGUGUGUUCAGUACGUGACAUCCUCAGACAGGAAAUGAUCAUUGUCAAAGUUCUCAAGUGGAAGCUCUGUCCCAUGACAACCAACGCUUGGUUGGGGAUCUUUCUCCAGUUGGUCAACGCGAAUCGCCUGACUGACCCCAACACGGGCUUCAUGCUCCCUCUCUUCUCCAACUUCAGCUUCGUUCAGAUGUCCAGACUCUGUGACCUGUGCCUCCUGGACCUGGGCUCCCUUCACUUCCCUUACAGCAACAUAGCGGCGGCCGCUCUGGUCCAUCACACCCGUAAUGAGGCCAUUUUAGAUGUAUUGAAUUUGAACAAAGCAAAUGUUGCUCAGUGCGUGAACUGGAUGGUCCCGUUCGCUGUGGCCCUCACGGAGGCAGGUCCGUCACCUGUCAAGAGUUUUCCCGACGUCGACAUGAAGGAGUUCCACACCUUGCAGACACACAACGUCGACCUGGAUUUGUUAACACACGCAGUUGGUGUGCAAAUGGUUUAUUUGGAGCAGGUAAGGGAGCAGGAAGUUCCCCUUGAUCUUACAAAAAGACAGGCAUAG